AUGCCCUCUUACCGUUGCCAGCUCUCGCGAAGGAUGGGUUCUACUAGCCUCGACAUUACCUUCAACAACAAACACUUGCACUAUUCCGCAACGCACCGUCCGGUGGAGCUCAUCUUCCUGUUUGCUUUCCUCAUUUACCAUAUACUGCCCGUCUUCAUUUUGCGUUGGUGUGGCCAAACGGUUGAGGUGGAGUUGGAGCGCAGCACCGUACAACAUCGUGUCAACUCCGGUGAAAAACCUCGCUUCAAGGUCCUCGCAGUAGGAAACCAGAACUUCCAGGCUGAAGCUGCGGGCAUCUAUGGAUAUCCAAGGUCACGGUUAAAGGGAGGGCGCCGACUAUGUGUAGCUCAGUUGGUGAUAAUAUACUGGCAUUCAAAAGUUAUCAAAGCCAUGGAAGAGGACUGCACUGGAAACAGUCUUCAAGUCGCUGCUUCAGAACUGGAGGCUACAUCUGAACACCCUUUUCUGGUUCUUCUGAGACUAGCCUCUGGCCAAGCGCUGCGGAACACGGAGCAAUUGGCGGACUUUUUGGACGUCCCUUGGUUGGUUGAAACCUUUCCAAACCCUGCAUUACCGAGAGGCUCUUUAUGGCAAGAUCCAUAUACCGGAAUUGUGCUAUUAUUGCACAGAGAAGGUUCAGAAAGGCCUUUACAAGGAGUUCUGGUACUGCUACGGCUGUCAGACUCUCACAAAGAGGAACUUUUACCAUUGCAACGAAUGUCACUCUCCGGAAAAUACCUCCGGUAUCGCCAUUUGUGCUGGACGUGGCCUUUCUAUCGAGCCAUUCCGCUCGCCACCUGCAUAUCCAGAACAGCCAGUCUGCUGUGGCUGCGGACGGAAGGACGAAAAUGGCGUUUCGACGUGGGGGUGCCAAUCAUGCACGAAAUGACCUGCCCAGAACUUUCAGCAUUGCGACGACUGUAG